AUGGCUCAGAGGGCUAAAGAGGAGGAGGCGGAAAACGGUGUCGGCUCGAGACCCAUGGAUUCUAGAGGUGGACACUUAGCCGUGUUAGACUCGACGAGGGGCCUCCUGGCCGCCCUCUGCCUCCUGGCGCUGCCCGGCCUCUGCGCCGCCUCCGGCCCCGGUCGCCAGCGCCGCGCGGACUCCAGGGUGCACCCUUACAACGAAUACGCCUGGGAGGUGAACCGGAUCAACCCUUGGCUGUCGGCCUGCGACCUGGCGGGCCCAGCGCCGGCCGACCUGCAGGGGAGCUGCGGGCCGCCCGAAGUGCCCAAGAACUGUCCAGUGCCCUGCGAGCCAAGCGAGCGGGACAGCGGCGGCGACGUCUUCCUCGAGGUCGCCGGCCGGGUCGCGACCCCCGGGAGUCACGGUCUUGGCGGGCGCACGGCUCCGGAACAGUGCCUUUAUUACCUCGCGGAGUCGCACAAGGAGGAUAUCUGCCGGGACGACCUCGGUCGGGACUCUCGGCCGAGUUUUUUAUCCCUGAGGGAGGAGCGCUUCCGGCGCGUCGCCGGCUUGCGGCUCCGGCACUGCUGCGAGCACGCCGUCCUCCACGCCCUCGCCCCCGGCGGGGCCGGACCCCUGGAGGACGUUCUCAACGGCGGCCGCGAGUGCACCGAGGCCUUGGAUAAGUUGCUGCGAGUCGACGCCCUCGCCGCCAGGCUCCACUGCGAGUUCGAGGAGGUUCUGGCGCGGUACGACUGCGCCCAGUCCUACUCGGUCAUCCACAACUGCACCCACUGCAAGGAGGCGUAUAGAAAAUGGGUGUGCAGCUCCCUGGUGCCUUACUUUGCUCAUGGGGGACCGCUGGACUUGGAGGCCCCGAAGGGAAUCGAAACCGGACCCAGGCUACGGCCCUGCCGAUCCUUUUGCCAGUCCGUGGAACAACGUUGCCCUUACCUACUUCCGGGAGACCGCGCACCUGCCUACCCCACGCAAUACGCCGGUGAACCCACGUUUCUUUGCAGAGACCCGAACAUCCCCGAGACGGGCGAGCAGGCCGCGAGGGCGUUACACGGCGACGAGGUGGAGGAGUGCUGCUUCUUCGCGUGCUCCGAGGACCAUCCUGGAUCAGGGAUCUGCGCCAACUGCACGGACCGCCUUCCCCGAGGGAGCGACGCGAAACUGGACCCCCCGACCGCGCCGCACUGCGAGACCACCGCGCCUCCGGUUCCCUCAGGAUCCGCAGGUCCAGCGGAGUCCACGCCGCCAUCGGAGUCGACGUCGCCAUCUUCGGAGCGGGGAUCCUCGUACUGCGGGACCGGGCGGGUGGGAGCGAUGCCGGUGCCCUCGUCGGGCCGCGCGGCUGCCCAGCCGUGGUCGCUGCCGCUGGUCUGCCUGGUCUGCGCGUGGGGCCUGUUGAUGCGGGCCUACAUUAUAUGA